GUUUGUGUUAGUCCACCGUGCAUUAGAUGAAUAACUCCAGCUAGGUUCGCGAGAGUGUCGUGGCCGUCGACGACAAGCCGUCGAAGAUUGCAAAAUCCAUCCCCAUCCACUCAUGUGUUGUUCAUCUAUUUCCAUUCGACAGUCCACACUUGCCACGACGCUGCUGCGGCUGCGGCUCAGAAGAGGCCAAAAGUAGGAUUAAAUUUCAAGAGUUUUGAAGUGGAGAAAAAUACCCACGAGUGCACAUGCAGCGUGAAUAAAAUAAAACAAAAAUAAGUGCUUGUAUAGUGAAAAGAGAGGAAUUGAAAAAAAAAGUUAUUAAGGCUUGAAAGUGGCUUGAAAGAGAAAGGGGUUUUGCUCUCAAACGAGCGAAAAAAAAGUGGUGAAAAAGGGUCUUACUGCAAAGAAAAAAAAAAUAAAUUGAGUGCAAUAGUUUCAAAUGGGUGAUAUUUAAACAAAACAACGAAAGAAUGCAGCGUUGAGGUGCGACGCCAAGGCAAGGCAAGCUGAUUACGACGACGACGAGUUCGGCGAUUCAACGGUGGUCUACCAGCUCACCUGUUGCCUGUUGGAUUUUAUAAUUAAAUCCGUUGCUACUGCUUAUAUCGCAAAGCCUCAACGUCAGAGAAGAAAGAAGCAGGAAAAUCGCGCGCGCAAGUGUUGAAGUGUGUGGUGGAAAAGCCAUGUUCCAUUGUUACGGUUACGAAAUGCUGCCGGUGCUGGAGCGACCACGACGACCAGCUGCUGCUGCUUCUGCCUCCAACGCACGGGGCUAAAACAAACCGCCCGACCAACUUCUGGCCCGAAUCGAAUCAGCAGCGCCGGUGGCCGCGACUUAUGGAUACAGUUAUUAUAUGGGAAAUGUGUAAAUUAGAGUAUAAUAUAAUAGCGUCUAAGUGAAGAAAGUUGUAGCGAAAAGAAGAAGAAGCAAGCUGUAACGGAUUACGGGCCGCGGAUUAGCCGUAGAACCCCCGGCACCCGGUGUCAGUGUCUCGUCCACGUGUCCACGCAUGAAUGCGCGUUUGAGCUUUGCGAACCAAGUGCAGAGAGUGUAAUCGAAGAAGGAAGGAAGAAAGAUGAGCUGGCUACGGUCCAGUCCGCUGAGGCAGAGCUUUAGCCGGUCUGGCAGCUCGGCCGGAGGCAGUCGUGGCUCGGGUUCCAACGGGACGACGGGAGUGCGGGCGACGUUCGAUGCGUCCGAGUGUGACCCGAAGGCGUGCUACGACAGCUUCUGCAUCCACUGGCAGCAGGCGUACGAGAUUAUCCAGCGGUCGGAGAAUAACCGUGGCCAAUCCCACGAUGACGUGCUCGGCGUGGUCACACACCUCGAUCACAUGGUGACCCUGCUGCUGGUGGAGUUGCAUCACUGUAACAAGCUGAGCCUGCCGGGGGCGCCCGCUCCCCCCGCGCCCUGUCUGGAACACCUGCUGAGUGAGAAUCUGCUCGAUAAGCUGUACGAGUGGGGGGUGAAAACGGGCAGAUAUGGCAACGCCGUCCGGCUUGAACAGCUCAAGCUGUACGAACAGCUGGUCAGCCACAGCCGGCACCAACUGCUGGUGCACGAGCCCUUUCUGCGACCCCUGCUGAAGAUCCUGGACUCGAGCCAGAACGAAAUCUACCCGCCGGACGUCGAGAAGCGGCUGGUGAUCCUGCUGAACCAACUCUGCGUCGCGCUCAUGCAGAACGUCCACCUGUUGGACCUGUUCUUCUUCUCGAACGCCCAGCAGAACGGCAACGGAGGUCACACCAACUUCAUAAUCUUCUCCCUGCUCAUCCCGUACGUCCACCGAGAAGGUUCCCUCGGCCACCAGGCCCGAGACGCGCUCCUCCUCUGCAUGGCCCUCUCCCAGAAGAACUCCAACGUCGGAAAGUACAUCGCGACCUACUCGUCAAUCUGUCCGGUUCUCGUUACCGGCCUCGGAGGUCUCUACUCGCGGUUGCCAAAUCAGAUCGACAUCAAAAGCGUCGACUGGUACCGAAUUACCACGGAUGACGUGACGGAAAUGCCCGAGCUGACGCUGUUCAUGAACUCGCUCGAGUUUUGCAACGCCGUCGUCCAGGUGGCCCACACGGCGAUUCGGCAGCAGCUGUUGGAUUUCCUCUACCAGGGCUUUCUGGUGCCGGUGCUGGGGCCGGCGAUAUUGCAGACAUUUAAAGGUCGAGGUCAAUUCCAGACAAACGUCGAGUCGCAGGUUUCGGCGAUGGCCUAUCUGGAUCUGAUCGUCCGGUCGGUUUCCGAGCCCGGCCUGAUCCAGAUCAUUGUGCGCUUCCUGCUGGACACGGACAAGUUCGACGGGCAGCGCAUCCUGGACGUGCUGGUGGAGCGGCUCAACAGCAACGAUUCGAGGCUCUGCAUGAUCACUCUAUCGCUGUUCGACACGCUGCUGGCCCUCAACUGCGAGGACCUGAUGCUGGAGCUAAUGCUCAAGUACCUGCUCAACUGCCAGCACGUACCGAUAUCGCACCGGUACAAGGUGAACCGCAGUGACCCGUACGGAAGUGCCGUCGAGUACUUCCUGAACGUGGCCCCCGACAUCAUGAAGAAGGUCAACAACGUACUGAACACGAACAAUUACAACGGAAAUGGCAGCAGCGCCGGCAACGGUGGACGACAAACCAUUAGCAAAACGAUCGGUGCCAACUGGAACCACUACGGAAUGAACACGGGCGAAACGCUGCUGGCCAGCUACCAGGCGUACCUGCUGGAUGCCCGAAACCGAAUAACCCAGUGCAAGCACGCCUGCGACCAGUGGAACAACAUCUACCGGUACCAGAAGCUGAGCAAACUGGUCAACAGCGGCGUCAACGGCGGAGGCCACUCGGGCGAGGACGUCCGGACCUACAAAGUACAAAUGAUCAAGAACUUCUUGGCGGAGUUUACGACGACGGCGCCGGACAGUGCCGUCGAGUUGCUGCUGGAUCAACAACAGCAGGAUCACCGAUCGAGUCAGUGCCAAUCGCCAGCCCAGCAGCACCAGCACCAACAACAGCAGCUGCAGGCGACCACCAAACAGUUGGACAGUUUGCAAUCGCUGGGCGAUAGCAGCGGCUACGAAAGCCUCAACAUUAUGACUAUUUGCAGCGGUGGCGGAAGUGCCGGUGGAAGCGAGGAUGGCCGACGGCACGAGUCGUGGAAGGUUUCCAGCGUAAAGGAGGACACGGUGGUCGAUCUGGAUCUGUCGGAGGAUCUGUUUGCGCAGGGGACUGUUAGUUUGGGUCCCUUUCUGACUGCCAUCUGGGGCAAGCUGCAAACCUUCACCAGCAACUGUCUGUACGUGAAUCUACACCUGACCGGGUUAAUAAGCCACCUGGCGUGGUUCCCGCUGCCGCUGCUGCACUCGAUACUGCUGCGGCCCGAUAUUCCGACCACGUCCGAUACGCCGUCCUUCCAUCAGGUCCUGAAAAUCCUCAAGCAGCAAAUCGACGCCGAGCUGCCCGAGUGCGAAGAAUCGCUCGAGAUCGUCGACGUGGCGCGCUCCUUCCUGGUGGACCGCGAGUUCCGACUCAUCAACAUGCGCAAGAACGCCAUCGAGUCGAACGUGGUCCUCGGUGGAUCCGGCCCGGGUGGUCCGAGGCUCUCGAAUGGUGGCGGUGGCACGGGCAGUUCCAUCACCUCCAGCCUGUCGCAGACGACGCCGAUGCAACUGACGCCCAGCUCGUCGUACGACCCAUUCAAGCGGAACGACACCAAGCGGAAAAGUAUUACCAACUCGUUUUCCAGCAUCUUCCGGCGGCCUGGCUCUUCCGCUUCAUCUGGUAUAGCACAAGUAUUUCAAUUUUUUACCGGCGGCUCCAACAGCAACAACUCCACCUCCGGCAGUCUCGGCGGCUCGUCCUCGGUGACACCGUCACCCUCCGCUUCGCAGCACCAUCUCCCCCCAUCCGGGUCCGGGUCGUCCAACUCGUCUCCCUCGACGACGACCACGACCAGCAGUUCCGGCGUGAGCAGUCUGCUCAUGGUGGGCAGCAGUCGGCGUGAAUCCCGCGAGGCUGAGACGCAAUUUAUGGACCACCCUUCGCUGCCGGUCGGAAUCGGUUCUGGAACUGUGGGAGGAGGAGGAGGAGCGGCGGGUCCAGCAAGUUUGACCUCGAUGGCACAGCCCGGAAGUGGCCACAGCAGUUUGGAGUAUUCGCUGGUGAACGGGGUUGGGAGUGAGCGGCAACGGGAUUUGGCCGUUUGUGCCGUCGUGCUGGACGAGUGGCUCAAGGAGCUGUCGGCCAUCACGCAGGAACAGAGUCUGGUGAUGGUGGCGGCAGCCACGUCCGAGCAGCAACCGAAUCGACCGGUUGUCAGUUGAUUGCGGCGGUUGAACAGGAAGGUUUCUGUUUAGUUUAGAUAUGCAAAAUUUAUUUAAAAGUUUUACCCUCAAUCUAACGCUCAUUCUAAUCGUCUGAUUUCCAUUUUUCUUUAGAAAACGGAAUUUUUAAACAAAAUCUAUUUUUUCUCAUCACGUCUCAGACGGAACAAAAAACGUGAUCAAAAGUCCUUUAAAAUAUUAUUAUUUUUUCAACGCGCCCUCUUUCAUUUGUAAAAUGAGAACAAUUUUAUUUUAUUUAUAGACGUUUAGAUUUUAUCAUUUAGCAAUCAUUCUAAAUCUACAAACUUUUUAUCCAAUUUUCCAACUCGUAUUUUUAGCGAACAAAGCAAAUAACUGUUUUUACAAAAAAAAACGCUUUAAUUUAACGACGAAUUAAAAAAGAUUUAACAAUAAUCCAGCUUGCUGCAUGAAGACGUCCUUCUCUCUCACUCACUUGCUGAUGAAGGAACCAUCCUAAAAUUGAUACUGAACUAAGCAAUAUAGAACAAAAAAAAAAAUAAGCGUAUAAAAUUAAACUCUAAUGUGCAACAAAAAUUAAA